CUUCAAUUCUAAACCUAAUUUCUCUCAUCAGUAGCUAUCUCUGCUUUAAGUAAUUUGAACUUGCAUUUUCUCUUUUCACACACAAAUCCGUUCCUAAUGGGUUCCUUCAACUUGUUUUGUUUCUUCAUCAUCAUCUUUCACGUCUUUGUUGCAACACCCAUAUUCUCACAUUCAUCAUCGUCAAUCUCCACAAAAUUUCUAGAUUUGGCUAAGAGUCCUGAGGUAUUUGAUUGGAUGGUUAGGAUUAGAAGGAAGAUUCAUGAGUACCCGGAAUUGCUAUAUGAGGAAUUUAAGACGAGUGAGGUCAUAAGAGAAGAGUUGGACAAAAUGGGAAUUUCAUAUAAGCAUCCAGUUGCUGAAACCGGCGUUAUUGGAUACAUCGGAACUGGAAAACCUCCUUUUGUUGCUUUAAGAGCUGAUAUUGAUGGUCUCCCUAUUCAGGAAAUGGUGGAGUGGGAGCACAAGAGUAAAGUAGAUGGAAAGAUGCAUGCUUGUGGUCAUGAUGCUCACACUGCUAUGGUCCUUGGUGCUGCAAAGAUUCUCAAACACCAUGAAGAUCAGAUUAAAGGCACAGUUGUUCUUGUUUUUCAACCAGCAGAGGAAGGAGGAGCAGGGGCAAAGAGAAUCUUAGAGGCAGGAGUACUAGACAAAGUCUCUGCCAUCUUUGGAUUACACGUGGCGCCGGCACAUGAAUUACCCGUAGGACACGUGGCAUCUAAGGCUGGUCCAUUAAUGGCAGGAAGUGGAAUGUUUGAUGCAACUAUACAUGGAAAGGGAGGCCAUGCAGCUAUGCCUCACUUCGCCAUUGAUCCCGUUUUAGCAGCUUCUAGUGCUGUUGUCAGCUUGCAACAACUUGUUUCUCGUGAAGCCGAUCCUCUUGAUCCCCAGGUAGUUACGGUUACUAAUUUCCAUGGAGAUGGUGCAUUCAACGUUAUUCCAGAUUCUGUUACUAUUGGAGGAACCUUCCGAGCUUUUUCCCCCGAAAGCAUCACGCGUUUGAAGGACCGCAUUCACCAGGUUAUCACCGGACAAGCGGCAGUCCAUAGGUGCACAGCGGAGGUCGACUUCCAUGAAGAUAAGAAACCGUUGUAUCCGGCAACCAUAAACGACGACAAGUUACAUGAGCAUUUUCUUGAAGUGGCCAAGAAUGUUGUUGGAAGCGAGAAUGUUCAUGAGAUGCAACCUGUGACAGUAUCCGAAGACUUCUCAUUCUAUCAAGAAGCUUUACCUGGUUACUUCUUCAUGCUUGGAAUGAAAAGUCACUCCGGUGAACCACUUGCAACGUUGCACUCACCACAUUUCACAGUGAAUGAAGAUGCUUUAGCCUAUGGUGCUGCACUUCAUGCUUCCUUAGCUACUACUUAUCUUCUAAACCAUGAUGGAGCCAACAAGGUGGGAGGGAAAUAUCAUGAUGAGUUAUAGAUUGUUAGCAAUUUUAAUAAAGCCAAUUAAUAUGUUAUUUAUUGGCUUAUUAUUAGUUCUAUAUUUAAUAAAGAAUUUAUAUGUCCU